AUGUUGAACAAACAGGGCAAGAUGGCCGGUUACAUCAACUACCGGAUGAGAGUCACGUUGAACGACGGCCGCCAGAUGACGGGACAGAUGCUUGCUUUCGACAAGCACAUGAACCUUGUCCUCGCCGACACCGAAGAGUUUCGACGCGUCAAGAUCCGCCAGAACAAGCCCGCCGCUCCUGGAGCCAGCGCACCCUCAGGUCAAACGAUUGAGAAGGAGGAGAAGCGAACCCUUGGUUUGACGAUUGUCCGUGGCGCCCACAUUGUUUCGCUGUCAGUCGAGUCAGAGCCUCCCGCGGAUCCCAGUGCGAGACUCGGAAAGAGUGCUCCGGGCGGGAUCUCCUCGACCCUCACCGCCGGCCCUGGUGUUGCGCGACCCGCCGGUCGCGGUGCUGCUCCGGCUCCCCCAUCUCUGGCUGGCCCCGCUGCCGGUGUUGGAGGUGGUGCUCCUCCCGGGUUCCCUGGUUUCCCCGGUGCACCGCCCUUCGGCGGACGUGGAGGUAUGCUUCCUAGCCCCCGUGACCCCCGAACGCGAUUCUCACACCUAGCAGCUCCUCCCCCAGGCUUUCCUGGUGCGUUCCCGCCCCCGGGAUUUCCGCAGAACGCCCCCUUUCCUCCUCCGGGCUUCAACCCCGGCGGCCCCCCCGGUGGAGCCCCUGGCUUCAACCCUCCCCCCCGAAGAUAG